AUGCCAGGAAUCACCACAUUCAUAAGCGUCGGCGCAACACUGAUUACUCUCGUUCUCGCGUCGAGCUCAGGAUGCUCAAAGGCUCUCCCAUCAAACCUGACCCCCGGCGGCACAACUCAGGUUCUUACAAUAUCAUCCAAAUCCGUCAUCGGCAAGACCACACAGCGUGAAUAUCGUGUCCACCUCCCAUCCACCUUUUCCGCAAAAAACAAUGCCGCGGCGCCACUUAUCAUCGCGCUCCACGGACAGUUACAACCAGCGCGCUCAAUGGAAGCCAUCACCGGCCUAUCAACCCCAGCGUUCAACAAAAACGCCAUCGUAGUCUAUCCUGAGGGUCUGAACCAACAAUGGCUCAGCGACCCCUCAGCUCCUCCAUCGUCCGUCCUCGACGACCGGAUCUUCAUCACCGAGAUCCUCAACAGCGUGUCAUCCACACUCUGCAUCGAUGAGUCGCGAAUCUACGCCGCGGGUCUCUCCAACGGCGGCGGACUAACCGGGCUUCUCGCCUGCGAUCCCGUGCUGAACAAACGCUUCGCCGCGUAUGCCGGUGUCGCAGCGGCCAUGUACCCUGAUUCCACUCUCACGGAGCCGCUCUUCGUCGCGGGCUGCAAUCCCCAACUUUCAGGCCGCAAGCUGCCGAUCAUGGAACUCCACGGCUUGAAUGAUUCGGUGAUCGCGUACGGUGGCAAUAACAGCCCGAGUCCAAACUCCCUACCCCUGCCAACGUGGAUCAACGCCUGGGUUAGUCGGAAUGGCUGCUCAAGUACGCAACCCAGUGUAUUGACUCUCGAGGGCGGUGAUGUGACGGAAAGCCGGUGGAGCUGUGGCGGCGCGAAGGAUGUCGUUGUUCACAGGCAGAUUAAGGACUUUGGACAUGGGUGGCCGUCGACGAGCGCGCAGGGAGAGCCAUUUGAGACUCUGAGGCUGGGGCCGACGACGUGGAAUGCUUCGAGUUUGGUGGUGGACUGGUUCAAUAAGUGGACGUUGAAGGUUUGA